AUGUUUGAUCUCAGUGAAAUGGGUCCUCAACAACCACCAAAAGGUGCUGUGUUGAUCUGGAAAUUUUGUGAUGGCUGCGGAAAUGAUUUUUCCAUGUAUUCAUUGAAUAAUAAUUAUUUAUUGAUUUAUGAUGCAAUAACGCCCAUGCAAAGCUCUUCGGGAAGCUAUUCGGGUGGAACUUCUUAUCAAAAACAACUCUCUCCAAAUGAAUUUAAAAUUCUAGAUGAUGCUUUUGAACAGCUGAGAAAGAAAACAAGUGGUCAUUGUGAUAAGAGAGCCAUGGGAACUGGCGUGUUUACGAAAGGCACAAACAAGUUCAUUAUGAGAAUGGGAGAUUUUUCAGAGUUUGAAACAUUAAUUAGGACUCACAACACGGAUUCUCCUCAUCAUGUUGAUGAAGGUUACUGA